AGGAAACACUGGAUGUGGCACUCAGUGGCACAGUCUAGUCGAGGCGGUGGUGAUCAGUCGUAGGCUGUACGCGACCUCAGAGGCAAUAGAAAACCAGAUGAAGAUCUGUGGCUACAAGAACAAGGUGGAUGUCAUAGCACUGUAUCUGGCUAGACAAGGACUAAGAAGUAUCCCAAGUCUAUCACAGUUUCGCAGAUUAAGGUAUUUGUGGAUUAACAACAAUAAGAUCCAAGAUUUAACCUUCUUGAUCAAAAACUAUUACUUGACUGAACUCUAUCUCAACAAUAAUGAGCUGACAGAUAUAUCAGGUGCUCUGAAACACUUAUGUUCAUUACAGAUUCUGUUUCUUCACAACAACGAGCUAAAAAAACUUGGCAAAACAGUGAAGGAAUUGAAAGGAAUGAUAAGCUUGCAGACUCUAAACCUAUUCCAAAAUCCUCUGGCAUAUGAUCCAGACUACCGGCUUUAUGUGAUAUACUUCCUUCCUUCAGUUCAGCUCCUUGACAGGAAGUUAGUUACACAAAGAGAAAGGGAGUCAGCGCUUCGUCUCUAUAACCCCAAAAGGGCUUGGGUCAUGCAGUCAAUAGCAUUUGGGAAGAGAGAAGAUACAGACCUGGGGACUACGGUGGGAUCUAGUAGAUGCACUCAACCAGCCAGAAGGCCAAUAAUGCCCUCAGGUCAUGAAUUUGGAAAUAACACAAAUAAAGUACCAUUUGAGGACCCUGAAGAUGCGGUUUUAGUACGGGCAACGACAAGAUCUCUAAUGGAAUUUUCCUCUGUGGACUGGAGAAAAGUAGGCACCUGUCAAGAAAGACGGCUUAAGAACAAAGUAGAAGAGCCCCUUGAGAAGCUGACAGUCCAGUUUAGAUGAGAAAAAACCAAAUUCUCCCUCUAAUGUUAAGCCCACAAGUAGGUUAACAGCUCAAUAAAACAAGUACACAACAACACGCAUCUAAUUAAGUGAAUUUCCAGAAAAAGUUGUUAGUGUAACAUUUCUUUUAUCAUAUGUAGCAGAGUGAAGAAAUUAAGAUAACAAAUGAUAAAUAGUAGCAAUGUUGUAAUAAAAGUUGCUUGAAAUGCAA